AUGGCAGACACAGAAGGUGUAUCUAGGAGGCGGAAAGUAUUUAAAUCUUCUACAGGAAAAAGUCCAUCAUUUAUGUUGCAACGUAUAAAAGAAAAACAAUUAAAACAACAAGAUAACAAAUCUGAAACAGAAAUAACAAUUACUAAAAAUACAAAUUAUUUAAUAAAUGAAGAAAAAAAAUUAUCUACAUCAGAGAUUGUUGGUAGUGGUUCAUUAUCACAAGUUGAAAAUAAUGAUGGAAUGGAAAUAAGUGAAGAUAUUUCUAUUAUACCAGGACCAUCAAAUAUUAUUCCUACAGAAUUACAAGAAACAACAGAAAAAGCAAAACAAAAAAAUAUAUGGUCUCCUUCUGAACAUAAUGCUUUUUAUGAAGCAAUAAAAGCUGUUGGUAAAGAUUUUGAAGGAAUAGCUAGGUAUAUGAGAAAAAGAAGAUAUCAAAAAGAUCUCCAGCAAAUACGUGUACAAUAUCACAAUGCUAUCAGGUUAUACAAAUCAAAUGCUAAAAUUACUGAUGAGGAAAUAUCACACAUACCAAAAAAUAUUUUUGAAUUAUUUAUUAUUAUAAAUGGUUAUGAAUGGAAAAAAAAAACAGGUGAAUCACCAAGAUGGAAUAUAGAAAAGUUUAGAAAACUUUUAGCUGAAGGACAAGUGAAUGUAAGAAAAAGAAAUUUAGCUAUUUCAUUAAAAACUCCUAUAUGUAGUGCAUUCUUAAAAUUACUACCAGAAUAUCAAUUUGAAAGUAGUAAUCCAGAAUUUAUUUAUUUUCAUUUAUCUCCAAAAAGAAGUAUAGAUUAUAAUUAUAUUAAAAAUACGUUACGACAAAGUCCUAAAAUUGUAAUUAGAUUUAAAAUGGAUGAAAAAAUAAAAACAAUUUUUGAAAUUUUAGAAAAAAGAUGGAAAUUAUACUAUAACAAAGAAAAAAAGAGAGUUGAAAUACGAAUAGCUCCAACAGAAAAGAUGAAUUUAGUUGACUAUACAACAUCUGCACAAUUAGAUGGAUCAGUUAAAAAAAUGUCAUUAAAUAAAAUAUUAUCUAGAAAUAAUUUACCACCAUUCAAUUCAUCACAAGAUGGAAGUACAUCAAAAGAUAAUACCAAUAAAGAUACUAAUAUUGAGAUUAAUAAUGUAUUUGUAUAUAAUCUUCAAAGUAUGUCAAAAGGAAUUUCCAAUUUUGAGGUUUCACUUGAUGCAAAAAUAUCUGAAUUUUAUUAUUUAUGUAAUAGACAACAACAUAUAGAAUUAUAUUAUGCUAUGAAUGUUCCUGAUAAUAGAACUGAAGUUUGGGCAACAUUUAGAACAUUUAUAUGUAGAAAGUAUGGAGAAAAAAUUUGUCAAGAAGGUAAAACAAAUAACAGUAAUACAGUGGAAAAUAAUAAAGAAAUUGAUAGUGAAGGUGAACCAGAAAGUACAACUGAAGAUGAUUUUUCAAAUAAAAGUGAUAAUUGGGUUGAACAAAAAAAUAGUUUUGAUGAAACUAUAUUUGAUAGUAGCAAAAAAUCUCAUGAAUUAUCAAAAGAAAGUGUUAAUAGUAAUUUACCUAAAUUUCCACCAAUCAAACCAAAGAAAUAUGUUCCAGUAAAAUCAAUGACAGCAACAUAUAAAAAUCCUUUUAUAUCAUCACCAGUUAAAAUAAAUAAUCAAACUCCAACAAAAGUAUCUGAUUGUAUUGAUAAAUUACCUUCAUCUUUAUUUACCAGUACACCAACAUCAUCCUUUGACUGUUUUGAUGGUGGUAAUUCAACACAAAUGUCAUCAUUGAUAGGACUUUUUAGUCCAUGCAAAAGUUUUUCUAACCAAACAUUACCUUCUGACUAUAAACAGACAUUAGAAAUGUUAGCUAAUGUUGAUAGUAUAGACUUUAUAAAUGGUGUCGAUGGAUUCAGGGAUUUGUAUAAUACGAUUAAAGAAACUCCUGAAAAAGAGAAACCAUAA